GGCUCCAAGAAAGCGCGGUUGUUUUGAAUUUUUUGUUUCGAUUCCUUCAACAACAUCCUAUUCACGUCUCAAAGCUUUCAUUCUCGACUACAUCACUAAAGUUUUGUUUAUGGGUCUGCCUUGAAAUGCUUUAAUUAAGAUCUUUUCUCAGCAAAUAUAAUCAGCAUAGCCAAAGGAACGAGUUAAAGGCAAGAUGGGCGACAACCUCACACCUCAAUCCAAAACAGUUCUCGAUGAAAACGUUCUACGAUUCGAUCGUUAUGGAUUUGCUGUGUUCAAACAAGGAACCCCUUACUUCGAAGACGAUCACAGGUGUCAUAAUUACAGCGAUGACUCGUGUUCGAAGAAGUUGGACAAAGCAUUGAGAAACCAGCUAGACCAAUGGGGAUCCGGUCAACUUCUCUCGCCUUUUCAGCUACGCAAGUUUAUUAAAUGUGGUGUACCAUCCGACUUAAGAGGCAAGAUGUGGAAAACAUUGCUUGGAGCAAAAGCUUUGCAGGCAAACUCUUUAUUUGAUUAUCAGAAUACCUUGUCAGAUGUUAGGAGUUUACUUGUUGAUGCUGGAGUGAGUGAAUAUGGAGGAUCAAAAUGCAUCACUAACCUUGGCAUAGAAAUUGGGUUGUUAGGAUGUGAUAAAGAGAAUAUGUCAUGUGUGCCAUCAAGUCCCAAGCAAGAAACUACAAGCAACGAACUUCAUGCGAAGAUGACACACAUGCGUCAAAUCAUGCUGGAUGUUGAACGCUCUUUCCCUACACACAAGAUGUUUAUCGAUGGGUCCACAGAAGGGAAAGAGGGUAGAGCAAGUCUCUUCCGUGUGCUGGCUGUCUAUGCUCAUUAUAACACGCAAGUCUCUUACUGUCAAGGAAUGUCGUAUAUCGCUGGGAUGUUACUGAUGAACAUGGAUGAAGAGGAUGCAUUCUGGUGUCUCGUCUCCCUUUUUGAGCGACCUAAGUACCUAGCAGGGUAUUUUGACAAUUCUCUAAGCAAGAUACAAAUACAUGCAGCAGUUUUUGAGAGGCUAAUGAAGCAGAGGAUCCCUGGUCUUUAUAAGCACUUGAAUGAUCAGGGCGUGGCCCCUCUCAUGUACCUCACUCCCUGGUUCAUGGCCCUCUACACUUCGCUUUCGUGCUGGGAUACUGUGCUUUGUAUAUGGGACCUCAUUAUAUUGGAUGGUGUCUCCGUCAUCUUUCGUGUUGCAUUCGCCAUCUUAAGAGGUCUUUCAGAUGACUUAUUGUCGACGACCGAGAUCACCCACAGCCUACCCAUGCUACUGCACCCCCCUGAAAACAUUAUGAGCAAGGCGUUCCUUGUACCGCUAAUUUACUGUGUCCGUGUGGAUGGUUGGGAGAUCGAUGCCGUCCAGGCCGUACUACAUGAAGAAUCCGACAAGCGAGAGAUAAGGAAAGCCAAGCGGCAACUGGAGAAAGUCGCAGAAGACGAACCCCGCAGAAAACGCCAGAAAACAAACGGUGACGAUAACGUGGCAACGUCACUCGUUAAUCGCAUGGUGGAGUACAUCGCCACGCCCAUCAGGCAAGCCAUAUUUGGGCACGCUCCACCGGCUCCUAUCCAAUCAAACGCUUUUGAGAUGGUGACGUUUACAGCUACGUCACAACAAAGUCCUCCCGUGGGGGUGCUGGAAGGGAUGAGAGGUUGUUGCUCUUCAAGGAAAUCUCCCGGUAAACGAGCCAGCAAAAGAUCUGUUGCCAACGGGCCAUACUCUCCACGGCAGCGUGCCGGUGGCCAGCGGUUCACUCCUGAGCGGCGUGCGCGAAUCUCUUCAGGUUUGAUGAGUCCAGUCAGACGAAGUCAGCGGUUAGCUGCACAGCGCAUGCCUCUGAAGGCGGGAAAUACGUCAACUUCCAGUCUGAUAAGUAGCUCGGCCAAAAAUCAGCAUGCAUUCCGAGUCUUCAACACGCCCACCCCGCUACGGCGCACAAAGGUGGAUUUCCCAAGUAUUACUGGUUCCCAGUACGGAUUAUCGUCUCCACUCAACCCUUUCUCAUCGGAAGUGACGACAUCGCCAGAUGUAGAAAUGAUAGAGUUCACGCCAACCGGGAACAGACUCGAUUUCACCAUCACAUAACCGCGCAUGUGCGGAUUUUAUUGGAUAGUUUUUUUUAAGUGCAAUGCAUUCUGGGUACCUUGUGGAAAUAUCUUAGACUGAUGUUUAGUUUAAUGGCCUCUCAAGCGGUGCCUGCAAAUCAAUAAUAUUUCAAUGAUUUUUA